AUGAUAGGUCGAUGGCGGAGAGGAGGCUUCCUCCUAUUUGUAUCAAUUUCUUCAGUUUUCCUGUUUGUCUUAGUAGAAUGUAAACCGCCAAAGAGUUUGAAUCGCAUGCGACAGAAUAAGGGAACUUACAAUGCAGCUGCAUUCAAUUCACCAUCAAUGAUCAACAAUGGAUUGCUUUUGGCGGAUUUCGAUCACAACGGUACGAGUAGAGAGGCACGCGAGAGCUACGAAGAAUACAAGGAUGACAUAGAUCACUUGUUAGAAGAGGAUUUGACAUUUUACGAUGAAGGUGCAGAUACAGCAGCUGGUGAUGUGCAGAUCAAAUCGGAGCCAGUGCUAGUGAAACAGAAGGAAGUUCAGGUUGAGAAGCCAGAAGACGUGGUGAAAGAAGAAGAAGAGGAAGAACAAGAUGUCGGUGAAGAGAAUGGAGGUGAAACUGAAGAAUAUGAGGAAGAGGAAGAAGAAGAAACCCAGGAGACUGUUGUGGAAGAAGCUAUUACCAUAAUGACGACUACAACUGAAACCCCUACAACUACAACUGCUGAAGAGGUCGAAGAACCUGAAGAAGAAGAAGACGUCAAACCAAAAUCUGAGGAACAAUCUCCGAUGCACAAGUCGUCUGAUCUUUUCGAAGAUGAUCAAUCAACCACGUUGGAAUCAAUUGCAAGGAUAUCAGCUCCGCCACACGUGCCCAUCGAACAACCUCAAACAUCUGAUACCGAAAUUCUGGAGCAUCUUCUGACACGUGGCUAUGAUCAUCGAGUGAGACCUCCUGGAGAAGAUGGAACAAUUCAUGGAGGACCAGUUGUCGUUUCUGUGAAUAUGUUGCUUCGAAGUAUCUCUAAAAUCGACAAUGUCAAUAUGGAGUACAGUGUUCAACUAACGUUCCGUGAAAGUUGGGUUGACAAACGACUCAGUUAUGGAGUGAAAGGAGACGCCCGUCCGGACUUUUUGAUUCUGACAGCUGGACAAGAGAUCUGGAUGCCUGACUCGUUCUUCCAAAAUGAGAAACAAGCCUACAAGCAUAUGAUCGAUAAACCAAACAUUCUGAUCCGAGUACAUAAAGACGGAACGAUUCUGUAUUCCGUUCGUAUCUCAUUGGUUCUCUCUUGUCCAAUGCAUCUUCAAUAUUAUCCCAUGGAUGUUCAACAGUGCUUCAUUGACUUAGCUUCGUAUGCAUAUACCACAAAAGAUAUUGAAUAUGUGUGGAAAGAAGAGAAUCCAGUUCAAUUGAAAGCUGGUCUUUCGAGUUCAUUGCCAUCGUUCCAGUUGACCAACACUUCAACGACAUAUUGUACCAGUAAGACGAAUACUGGAGCCUAUUCAUGUUUGAGAACGAUUUUGCAAUUGAGAAGACAGUUCAGUUACUACCUACUCCAACUCUACAUUCCAUCUUGUAUGCUUGUCAUCGUCUCCUGGGUAUCCUUCUGGAUCGAUCGAACUGCUGUUCCAGCUCGUGUCACUCUUGGAGUCACGACUCUUCUCACAAUGACAACUCAAUCUUCUGGUAUCAAUGCAAAACUUCCACCAGUCGCUUACAUCAAAGCUAUCGAUGUGUGGAUUGGUGCAUGCAUGACAUUCAUUUUCUGUGCUCUGCUGGAGUUCGCCUGGGUUACAUACAUUGCGAAUAAGCAGGAUGCUAGCAAAAGAGCUCGUCUAGAGAAAGAGAAAACCGAACUUCCAUUCCUUCAAAACUCGCAUAAUGAUGUUUGGGUACCAAGAGAAGUAGCUGAACAGGAGAGAGAAGUGAUGACAGUUCGUCUGAAUCGUCGACAAAGUAACAGCUUCUGGAAAUGGAUCAAGACGAAGACCGAGUGGAAUGACAAGUCGAAACGGGCGGAUCUCAUUUCUCGUGUCAUGUUCCCGGUGCUCUUCCUCACUUUUAAUAUCUCCUACUGGACGCAUUAUGGACAAUAUGGAGUUGCCAUCAGCACUUGA